GCCCGCGCUGCGGUUCCAGUUCCGGUUCCGGUUCCGGCCGGGAUCCGCACCUGCGGUGACGGUGCGCAGCCAUGGCGUACUCCACGGUGCAGAGAGUGGCCCUGGCCUCGGGGGUCGUUCUGGCCGUGUCGCUGCUGCUGCCCAAGGCCUUCCUGUCCCGCGGGAAGCGGCAGGAGCCGCCGCCGGCACCCGAAGGAAAGUUGGGCCGAUUCCCACCCAUGAUGCAUCAUCACCAGGCACCCUCAGAUGGCCAGACUCCUGGGGCUCGUUUCCAGAGGUCUCACCUUGCAGAGGCAUUUGCAAAGGCCAAAGGAUCGGGUGGAGGUGCUGGAGGAGGAGGUAGUGGAAGAGGCCUGAUGGGACAGAUUAUUCCAAUCUAUGGUUUUGGGAUUUUCUUAUAUAUACUAUACAUUUUAUUUAAGCUCUCAAAAGGGAAAACAACUGCAGAGGAUCGGAAAUGCUCUAUUGCCACACCUGGAAAUACCCACAGAAAGAUUACCAAUUUUGAGCUUGCUCAACUGCAAGAAAAACUGAAGGAGACAGAGGAAGCCAUGGAAAAAUUAAUCAACAGAGUGGGACCUAAUGGUGAAAGCAGAGCACAAACUGUGACUUCUGACCAAGAGAAACGGUUGCUACAUCAGCUCCGAGAAAUCACCAGAGUAAUGAAAGAAGGAAAAUUCAUUGACAGACCCUCUCCAGAAAAAGAAGCUGAGGAGGCCCCUUACAUGGAGGACUGGGAAG